AUGUACUCGGGUGGGGAGUUAAAACUUGAGAACCCAAAUUUAGGCACUUUAAUCCAGAACCUUACAGAGCUUACAGAGUUAAAUCUUGAUUCUGUAAAGAUAUCAGGACAGGGGAGUGACUGGUGCGAAGCCAUAUCAUCUUCACUGCCAAAUCUGAGGGUGUUGAGCUUGUCUGGUUGUGCUCUUUCAGGCCCUAUUUGUGAGUCCCUUGCAAAGCUUCAAUCUCUGUAUGAGAUUGACUUGGGAAAUAACUCGUUCUAUGCUCCGGUUCCAAGAUCCUUUGCCAAUUUUUCAAACUUGACUUCCUUGUGCCUUCAUGAUUUUGAUUUGCUCGGAACAUUUCCUAAAGAGAUCUUUCAGAUACCUUCCCUAAAAACCAUUGGCGUUUCUGGUAAUUUUGCUCUUCAUGUUUCCUUUCCAGAAUUUCCAAAAAAUGGGUCUCUUCGAUCCUUAAUUGUAGGCAGCACAAGUUUUUCAGUUGACCUACCUAACUCUAUUGGAAAUCUUAAGAUGUUGUCAAGCAUAGAUAUUUCAAAUUGCAGUUUCACUGGAUCAUUUCGCAAGUCGAUUGAAAACCUCACACAAUUGGCUGACCUAGACAUGUCAGGGAAUAGGUUUAAUAGUCCCAUUAGUUCUAUUCACUGGGAAACCCUUGUUAAUCUGGAAAUCCUCAAUUUGAGAAACAGUCAACUCUAUGGGACUAUUCCCUCAUCUGUUGUUUCUCUUCCCAAAAUGAAAACAUUAAUACUAUCCAACAAUCGGUUCUCGGGUCAAGUCCCUGAAUUUUCCAAUACCUCUUCGCCCUUACUUGGCACCCUUGGUUUGGAAAACAACAAUUUGGAAGGACAAAUACCAACAUCUAUCUUCAAUCUUCAAGGGCUUAUAUUUCUCAAUCUUUCUUCAAACAACUUCAGUGGCUUCUCUUUUAAUGGUCCUCAGGUGCCUAGAGAUCUUUGGUCACUUGAUCUUUCCCACAAUAGCUUGUUGUUUAAUUACAGUGGUACCAAUUCCUCAUCCCUUCAGAUGAGGAUCUUGUCAUUGGCUUCUAACAAGUUGAGAGCAUUCCCAGAUUUCUUAAGAAAUCAGUCCACAUUUUAUGACUUGGAUCUUUCAAACAACCAGAUUCAAGGCGAGAUACAUAACUGGAUUUAUAGUCUCAAAUCUCUUGAUUCCCUUGAUCUUUCUACCAACUCCUUGGUGACUCUAGAAGCUCCUCUUCCUAAUUCCACUUCUGCUUUAUCUUCUCUGGACCUUCAUUCCAACAAACUUCAAGGUAUCCAUUCCUCAUAUUCCUUCCUUCAGCUUGAUCACUUGGGAUUAGCUUCUAAUAAGUUGACAACAUUCCCAGAUUUCUUGAGAAAUCAGUCCACAUUAUAUGACUUGGAUCUUUCAAACAACCAGAUUCAAGGCGAGAUACCUAACUGGAUUUUGAGUCUCAAAUCUCUUGAUUCCCUUGAUCUUUCUGGUAACUCCUUGGUGACUCUAGAAGCUCCUCUUCUUUUCUGGACCUUCAUUCCAACAAACUUCAAGGUAUCCAUUCCUCAUAUUCCUUCCUUCAGCUUGAUCACUUGGGAUUAG